GUGCGCGGCGAUCGCCAAUUGUUCGCAAGAGUCUCGUCAUAAGCAGUAUCUGUGGAUAAAUAAGUUUUUUCCGCUUGUCGGAGUGCACAGGGACAAAGGUAGAACGGUAGAGGGAGAAUCGGUUGUGAAUUUCUCGGUGGAAAAUUGUUUUCCGAGUGCUGAGGACCGGCGACCGAGUGAUGCGUGCAUAUGUCUAGGCUCGGAGGAACUCAGGUUCUGGUCUCCACAACACAGGUGAAAAGGACAGCCGCCGAUCACGCAGCGCUGGUGAACGUCGGUGCUGCGAAACGCAGCAAGCUGUCCGCCGUUCCGGUCACGGGGAUCGACGGUAUUGAAAACAUGACGGACACAGCCUCGGCCACGACGGACACGCAGAAGAGGGCCAAUUUCUCGGCGUUGACUGUCGGGAACCCGAAUGGCGUCAAUAAGAUUUCACCGAGCUUGGCGAGCGCGAAGACAGGCACCGCCAGAAAACUCGUCAUCAAAAACUUUAAAAAUAAGCCGAAAUUACCUGAAAAUUAUCAAGAACAAACAUGGGAGAAGUUACAGGAAGCUGUAAUUGCCAUACAAACCAGUAAGAGUAUUCGUUAUUCGUUGGAAGAACUUUACCAGGCUGUUGAAAAUAUGUGUAAUCACAAAAUGGCAUCUACAUUGUACACAAAGCUGACGAGGCUAACCGAAGCUCAUGUUCAGGCUAAUAUAGAACAAUUUUUGGCAGAAUCCAUGGACAGGCAUAUAUUCUUGAAAAAGAUGAAUGAAUGUUGGCAAUCGCAUUGUAGACAAAUGAUUAUGAUUAGGAGUAUUUUUCUAUACCUGGAUAGAACAUAUGUAUUACAAAAUCCGAGUAUUUUGUCCAUUUGGGAUAUGGGAUUACAUUUAUUUAGAGUAUAUAUCGUACUGAAUAAUUUGGUUCAGACACGUACAGUAGAAGGGUUACUUAUGCUCAUAGAGAAAGAACGGCAAGGUGAUACAGUAGACAGAACACUUCUUAAAUCAUUACUACGAAUGUUAUCAGAUCUACAAAUUUACCAAGAUGCCUUUGAAACUAAGUUCCUAGUAGCUACAGAAAGAUUGUAUGCUGCAGAAGGACAAAGAUUAAUGAAUGAACAUGAUGUCCCAGAGUACUUAGCUCAUGUAGACAAACGACUUCAAGAAGAAAAUGAACGUUUGUUGCACUACCUUGACGCAUCUACAAAAUGGUCGUUAAUUCAUACAGUAGAAAAACAAUUGUUAUCCGAGCAUAUUACCAGCAUUUUACAGAAAGGAUUAAGUGGUUUGUUGGAUGAGAAUAGAAUUAGUGAUUUAUCUUUACUUUAUAAUUUGUAUAGUCGAGUUAAGAAUGGCCUUGUAGAACUUUGUUUGAGUUUCAAUUCCUAUAUAAAGAAAAAGGGUAAAACCAUAGUUAUAGAUCCAGAAAAAGAUAAGACUAUGGUUCAAGAACUUUUGGAUUUUAAAGAUAAAAUGGAUAAUAUAGUUAAUGCGUGUUUCCACAAAAACGAGAAAUUUGCGAAUAGUCUAAAAGAAGCUUUUGAAGCUUUUAUUAAUCAACGAGCAAAUAAGCCAGCUGAGUUAAUAGCUAAGUUUGUUGAUUGCAAGUUGCGAGCUGGUAAUAAGGAAGCAACUGAGGAAGAAUUAGAAAGAUUGUUAGAUAAAAUUAUGGUACUGUUUAGAUUUAUACACGGGAAAGAUGUAUUUGAAGCUUUUUAUAAAAAGGAUUUGGCUAAGCGUUUAUUAGUGGGUAAGUCGGCUUCUGUUGAUGCUGAAAAGUCCAUGCUGUCGAAACUGAAGCAAGAAUGUGGAGGAGGUUUUACCAGUAAAUUGGAAGGAAUGUUUAAAGAUAUGGAACUCAGUAAAGAUAUUAAUAUUGCCUUCAAACAGUAUGCAGGAAAUUUACAAAAUGAGUUAUCUGCGAGUAAUUUGGAUUUAACUGUUUCAAUACUAACAAUGGGUUAUUGGCCAACAUAUCCAGUGAUGGAAGUAACAUUACCACCAGAAAUGGUCCAAUACCAAGAUGUAUUUAAUAAAUUUUACUUGGGAAAACAUAGUGGUAGGAAAUUGCAAUGGCAACCUACUCUAGGACAUUGUGUAUUAAAAGCAUGGUUCAAUCAGGGUAACAAAGAGUUUCAAGUAUCGCUAUUUCAAGCAUUAGUGUUAAUUAUGUUCAACGAUUCUGAUAAUUUGUCCCUGGAAGACAUAAAAGCAGCGACAAAUAUAGAAGAUGGUGAACUUAGGAGAACUUUGCAAUCUUUAGCUUGUGGGAAAGCUAGGGUAUUAAAAAAGAAUCCAAGAGGAAGAGAUGUCGCGGAUAAUGAUAGAUUUGUGUUUAACGCAGACUUUACAAAUAAAUUAUUUAGAAUUAAAAUAAACCAAAUUCAAAUGAAAGAAACGAACGAAGAACAGAAAGCUACAGAAGAAAGAGUUUAUCAGGACAGACAAUAUCAAAUAGAUGCAGCUAUUGUUAGAAUUAUGAAAAUGAGAAAAACACUUACACACAACUUGUUGAUUAGUGAAUUGUACAAUCAAUUGAAGUUCCCUGUGAAGCCUGCCGACUUGAAAAAACGAAUUGAAUCUCUUAUAGAUAGGGAUUAUAUGGAGCGGGACAAAGAUAAUUCAAAUGAGUACAACUAUGUUGCGUAACCUGAACCAAAUGCCAAAGUCAUUGCAGACUGGGUUGACGCUAUAUUUUAUAGCAAAUGGAGCCAAUUCAUCUUCAGUGUUUGUCUAUUGUGAAUGUGACAUACUGAAAAAGAAAGAACUCGUAACUGAUUGACUGUCAGCAUAACGUUGCAGAGUGUGGUCAGUUGAUAAGAAAAAAAAUUAGAGUGGACCUCAUCUUGGUUUUUGUAGUGCGUAAUGGACACUGGACAAUUAAGAUCCCUUUUAAACAGUGCUUUACUGUUAUUCUUGUGUUGUUUCUAGAUUUCGCUAAAAAGGACCAUGUGCAAAAAUGUCUUUAAUGGUAUAAUAUUUAAAAAAAAAAUAUAUAUAUAUCAACAAUUUUUUAUGCAAAACAGUUUUUCACAGCAUAUUAAAGAUUUAAGAUGAUAAUGUAGUAAGACUAUUUUAGGAACGCAGUGUAUUAUUUGACUGAAAAUGAACACAAAUGCAUUAUUUAUGACAAACAUAACAUAGUGUGUUAUGGACAUCGAACUUAAUCCAGUGAAGUCAUUCUGAAUCAGAAAAUGCAUUAUAAUAUUCUAAUAUACAAAAAAAACAUUUAAUUCAUUUCCAAGUUUUGAAAAAUGUUUUGAAAAAAAAACAUGUGCAUACUACACUGCAAGGUUUAGGAAAUCUAAUUGGAAACACAACAUGUAUUUCUGUAACAAAUUUUUGUACAUUACCUUAUAAUACAGAGUUUAUAAGUAAGAUAGUUAUUGUACAAAUGUCAUCCAUUUUUGUCGAAACAAUAGUAAAGCAAUACAUAUAAAUUUAACUUUAAAAUAAUAUGAAGCACUUUUAAAUAUUGUCUACGUUGUUUAAGACUGCUUAUCUAUAUUGAAGUCGACACUACCAGAUGUAGUUUUAUGUAUGUAUAAAUGAUACACUUCGUUUUAAGUACACACCAUUAGUUUAUGAUGAAUCUCAAACAAUGUAUGCCAAUUUUCCCCCAAUAUUCUGUAAUAAAAAUAUACAAAAUUUUACUGUUGAAGUGUUUCAUAUUAUAGUAUAAUGAAAAUACUCUGCCAUUAGCUUUACGAUUUUCAUAAAACUAAAUAAGAUUAAACAAAAAUAAUCUCAUGUUUGUUUAAUUAACUUUUAGGUAGCUUGUAUAAGUUGUAUGAAAACUGUAUUUAUCAUAUAUAUCCUUAUAUAAAAGUUGAAAUGUAUGUGAUAUAAACUGGUUUUGGCUGAUUGUGAUUUUAUUUUGUAUUUGUUAUUAUAUAUUGAAAUAAAUUAUAAUUGUAUUGCUUUUAAGAAACAUCUAUUUCGGAUUUUGAAAUAAAUUUAAGAAGUUUAUAUUUUAAUCUUACAGUGACUAAGUAAAUACAUAUAAUUACAACUGAAGUGACAAGUUUUCUUUGUCGGUAUAGUUAUAAUCUUAAAUAAUUAGCAUUUAUAAACAUUAUAAAAUGACUCUGUAUUACAAGGUUCUUUACAAACAAUUUUCGAAGAAAUUCAUACUUUAUAACAAUGCUGUGUAAAAUUGUAUUCUUCAAAGAUUAUCGUACAAUACUGGAAAUAAAAUAAAUUUUAAAUUGUCAGAAUUAUAUACAACUUCUUGUAAUAAUUUUUAGUGUAAUCUGAAAACUGAAACAAGAGAUUGCUGUAAAAAGAUGUCCAGUGCUUCUUUUUUGUGAAUACAUGACAUCUAGUUA